UGUGUGACAACCCUUUCUUCAAAGAUGGCGGCGUCAGAGGAGGGGCGGGACAUCUUCAAGCUGAGUUGUGAUUGGCUGUCUGUACAGGAAGUUGUGGCCGCUGUCAGCAGUACUUCCUGUGGCGCCAUUUCCCUUUUUAUUGGUACGACACGCGCCGACGUGCUGGAGGGCAGGAAGGUGAGGGGUCUGCAGUACGAGGCGUACGAGGCCAUGGUCCAAUCAGAGCUCAGCAGGCUGUGUGGUGACAUCAGAGCACGCUGGCCCCGCCUCACACACAUCUGUGUGCACCACCGCCUGGGGUCACAUCAUCAUGCUAACAUGCUAGUCAGGGCACUUGCUCCUGGGCCUCACCUGCCGUGCUCUCCCCUCAGGUGGGUGCAAGUGGGCGAGGCCAGUGUCGUCAUGGCCAUCUCGUCUCCUCACCGCCAAGAGGGUCAGCGGGCCAUCCAGUACUUGAUGGACGGGCUAAAGGCCAGCGUGCCCGUCUGGAAGAAGGAAGUGUACGAGGCCCACGACGCCGCCUGGAAGGAGAACGCCGAGUGCAAGUGGUCCCGUUGCCAUGGAGACACCACACAACAACAUUAGUCAAUAAAGAUCAUGUUUAUCCUUUGCA